AUGUCUUUGUAUACCGUAUAUGUUUAAAGUAUAUUUUACAUUAUCCCUGAAAGUUAUAUAUAAAUCGGAUAAGUACUCGCUGAGAUAUCCCCAAAAAACCAAAAGUUAAUAGACUUUUGAGCGGUACUGUACAGAACCAUUUUUUUUGCAGGUCACAACCUUCUACAACUACCCAUACAAUCCAGACGCGACCACUCAACACGAAGACAAAGAAGUGAAGAUCGUCGAAGUGGACGCCCACGGCACCACGGUGCUGGCCUUGCAGCCACCGUUCAACUGCACCAGCGCCAGAAUCGAAGCUCACUACGACCGGCUGGGCAACGACAACUUCACCAAUGUGAUGAUCUACAGCUCGCUGUACGUCGAGGCCGGCAAGUCGCCUUCGAAUAGCUUUCUCCAGUUGCUGGCCGACAACGAGGGCGCUGUCGACGUUGGCAAGACCUUAUCCUUCUCUUUGAAAGCCACGGAAACGCUCACCUAUGUCACUUAUCAGGUUAGUUUUUUUUUUUCUCAUAAAGCUGUAUAUUUUUACUGAACGAAUAGAAACUGCUCACAAGAGAUACUGUUUCACUUCGCAGUCGAGAAUUCCCUGAAAAUUAGAAGUGAUUCUACUGGAUGUGCCACUGCGUUUUUACGACCACGCCUCUUAAAUUUAUUUUUCCGGAAAUAGUCGUGUAUUGUGUGCAUGCACUGUGACGCUUUCGCACAGAAAAAACGUCUAUUUAGUAAGAUAUAUAUCUGUCUCGUGAGUCAUGACCCACUUAGGGACUCCAGAGUGAUCCAUAUAGGCGCAACCUUAAGGACCCUUGGAGGGUUCUCUCUAGGAAUCACUAUCAUCUCCUACACAAAAGCUUGCAAAAGUGGUCUCUAUAGGUGUUUCAGUUAGUAGCCCCUAUAGGGGUCUGCUAGUGGUCCCUGUAGGGGUUUCAGUUGGUGGCCUCUCUAGGGAAGCAUUUUAGUGGUUCCUCUUCUUCCUCAUCUUGGCCAGAUUAAGAACGACUUUUCUCUCUUAUUUCAUGUUGAAAUUUCGAAAACACGCAAAACCAAAAUUUUCGAUUUUUUUUUUUUGAAAAGUAGAUUGCGUGCAACCCUGAUGGCAAUGCUGUCGCAUGCGCCUUUUAACAUGAUUCGUUGUUUACGCUCUUGGAGUCAAAACCUCUAUUUUUUUGACGACUUCAAAUGGGAACGGCGGAGGUUUUGACUCCGUCUCCGUAAUUUUGGUUUCGCAUUUUUUUUUCAUUAUCUAAAACGCCGUGGAGCCAGGUAAAGAUCUGGAAAGUGUCAACCUAUACGGGUUCCUAGUUUUUGGGAAAUUUUGGUUCAAAGUCAAAAAUUGGCCCACUGUUUUUGAUCGCCUUCUUUGACUUUUAGGUGUCUUUUCUCAAAACUGGGAAGUUUUGCAGGGCGAAAGUUUCAUUAUCUUCACUUGACACAUGGUUGGUAUGAAAAAAACACCAGCGAAAAUUCAAACGGCGACUUUUCCGAUUUUUUCAUAUCGCUAGGGAACUUUCCGACGGAUCCUUUUGCGACUUUUUUCCCUUUUGUUUUUCGGUUUAUAAAACAUCUAUAAACAUUUUUUUUCAUAUUUCUUUGUGUUUUAAUCAUGAACCAACUACCUACUUUAUAUAGGAAGAUUAAAAACGAAGAUUUUAUCGAGAAAAAGUCGGAAAAAGAAUCGUCGGAAAGGUGGCCGUCGGAAAGUUCUCUAGCGAUAUGAAAAAAUCGGAAACAUAGACCAACGUAGCCGUUUGAAUUUUCGCUGGUCUUUUUUCACACCACCGAUACAUGAAUAGAUUUUUCGGCCCAUUUUUCAAAGUUCCCAACCACAAAUUAAAAUGAAUUUCCUUGACAGUAGUACUCGAAUUUCUACGGUACUGUAAACUUCUCAGAGGUGAGGUGAAUCAUGGGGGAAGAAGUUGAAAAGAAACAGGUUUAAAAAUUUAGGACACCCUUAUCACAUUCGAAAGAAAAAGGCAUUUUCUUCAAAUGAGACUUUAAAUUAUGUUUAUGAGACUUCAAAGGAUGAAUUGCACUCCACCGGAUCGAAAUCAACUGCUAUAGAAAACAAUAACCCAACUCAAAGAAAUGUUUAAAAUAGUUUUCUUUCUGAAGUGUACGUUAGGACCUCCUGAUCCCAGAAAAAGAAAAAAAUUCUCGCAAUAAAUUUUUUUUCCAAUUUAUGAAGCUUCAAAGUUUGCAAAAUACGAAAAUUAUGACAGAAAAAAAACGCUAUUUCAAGCUUUGGAAGCGUCUUAACUGUAUAACCACAUCUAUUGCGAGAAUUUUUUUGUUUUUCAAUCAGGAGGUCCUGAAGUACACUUCAGCAAAGUCUUAUCAAAAGUUGAGGGACUGAAAAAAGUUCCUUAGUUAGUUUAAAAUUUCAUUGAGUUUACCAGUUUUUAAAAUAAAAUUUACGAGAUGGAUUAUUUUAGGUCAUGUCUCGGUCGGCUGUGCUUUUGUCCCAGCAACUCUCAGUACACUCGGACCAUGCUACAAUCUCUUUUGAAGCAACUUCUCUGGUUUAGAUUUUUCGCAACAAUUUUUAAAUUACCCACGGAGAUAUUAAGAUGGCACCGAAAUCUCGUCUUGUGGUUUAUGCUGUUCGUCCAUCGAACGGGGAAGUCCUCGUUGAUGCACUCGAUUUCGAAGUGGAUGGCCUUUUCCAGAACCGAGUAACAAACAAUUAAUGCAAAAAUGAGAAUCUGAAAACAUAAUAUGAAAUUUUGCAGGUCUCGCUCUCUGUUGACCGACAAAGCGCCGAGCCUGGCCAACCCGUCAAAUUCAAGGUGCGAAAAUAAUUCGAAAUCCAUCUCGUUUUCCUAGUCGAAGUUCCCAAAAUCAACCUAACAACUCCUCAUUUUCCGAAAUAAAAAAGUGGUUUGAGUCUUGAAAGAUUUCAGAUCGGUUAUUUUUUUUUUAAAGACCAGUUUCAAAAUCAGGGAUAUAGUUUUGAUUAAAAUGAAGUCAACUCUCAACUUCAGAUAGGGAUUAAAAUUUUUGAACAAAGAAAAAACUAGAAAGGGGUCAGUGGCCUUUAAAAAUUGUCUGUUCGAGUAAUUUCGAAUUUCCAGAGUGGUUAGGGGUAAAAACAGUCCCUAUGGGGACAAAAAAGUGGUCUCUAUAGGGGUAAAUUUAGGUGUUACUUUUAGGGGUUUAGUUAGGUUCAAAACCUCUGAGCUUUCCAUCGAUCAAGUACAAAAGAAAAUUUCCGGGAACUUCCCAAAAAAAAAUAAAACCUUUCUUUGUUAGGUGACCGCCGAUCCGGAUUCAUUUGUUGGCCUUCUCGCCGUCGACCAGUCGGUCCUGCUGCUCAAAUCGGGCAAUGACAUCACUCCAGAGAUGGUGGAAAGCGACAUAGAGGAGUACGACAGUACAGGAUACGCAAACAACGAUUUCCGAGCUUGGGAGGCUGUUGAUCGCCGAAAGAGACGAUCCAUCUGGCAUCCAUGGUGGGGAGUCGGCGGCAAAGAUGCCGCCAGCAUUUUCCAGGUUUUUGGUUGAAUCUCGUUUUUUUUUUCAAGUAUUCCAUCACAGAAUUCUGGCCUCGUUGUUCUAACGGAUGCCUAUCUCUAUCAGGAGCCCAUCCAACCAAGUACGUUUGAAAAUAUUUUUUUAAAUUUUAAGCUUUUGCUUGCCUCUUCUCUGUAGCACAGCACCCUCACAAGCUUGCUUUCGUCUUUUUAAAUUUCACCAUUCACGGCGUUUUUUUUUUGCUCGAAAAUUACCAGUGUGUGUAACUCAGCAUCUAACAAGGUGAAUGCCCUUUUUAGCGUAUGAAGGUUGAAAAAGCUUAUCGGAAACUGUUUUCGGUUUUUUUUAAAAAAUAACAAUAGGUUUAUUCACUAUAUAAAAAGAAGUUAGAAUAAUACAAGAAAAAAGUGCAGUAGAAUAGCCAGUUUUCCUAGCUUUCCUGAACCCUUAGCUAUUUUUGAAUUCAAAGCUUUCAUCUCGACUUCUGCUGAAAUUUCAAUCAAGCAGUUCUUCCACGAGAAACUGCUCGCUUGACAUUCAACGUGAUCCAUUAGUGUCACGUUAUACGUUUAUCCUUAUCAUCACCUCCAACAUCACAGUAAUAUACCCCAUGUCGUCGGCCUCGGGGGCUGUGUUGCGCCCGACUCAUCGCGGUCAUCGCCGAUUGCCGCUUGUCCGCACCAACUUCUGCCACACCUGGAUUCACGCUGGACUGCUGACCAAGUCAGUUGGGCACAAAAGAGUAACCUUUGUCGCUUCGGCAUUUUAUAAAAAAAAAGAGAGAUAUAUUUCUCAAGUUGAGUUUGAACGGGCUAAUUGGUAGGAAUAGCAAAUUUUAGUAGUAAAUAUAACUAUGUGUUCUGGCUAUGUUUUUUUUUUGAGGUUGGAAAGCAAGUAAGGGCUUUUUUUAUAUGUAGCUUACAAAUAAAAUUGCUCAAAAAUGAGGGGUCAUCUAAAUAUAAUUAAAAAUACGUGAAGAUCGUGAACAUUCUUCUUGGAGGUCUUUUAGAUCACUUUUCUCGCAUAUCAACUUCCUCAACUGCUUGAGGUUGUAAAUAUCACUUGUUAAAAAUAUGCAUUAUUAUUUUACUGUUCUUAGAAAGUACUGAUGGACUGGAGUCAAUCCGAAUGUGGAUAAUCCUUUAUGUGCUCUCUAACAACAUUGUUGGUACGAAAAAUGUUCAGUUUCGUCAUUUUCUCUGUUUUUGUGAGAAAGUUGUAUUUUCGUAAGUACAGUGGUUUUAGAAUUAAGUAAACCUUCAAUCUCAAAAAAAAGGAUAAUUUGAAAAAAAGAGGAUUUUUAUUCCUAACUAUGUUAAUUAGAGACAUUUUUCACGCUAAUUCAAAUUCCGGUAUCAAGAAAUGUCGCGGACGUCUGGGAAAAAUGUGAGGGAAAUUUCAGAAUACAUUUUUCGACUGUUCCGAGUUUUUUAAAUUAUUUUCUACUUCUAACUCUGAGAAAACUUUAAAGGCAAACAGGCCUGUAAAAAAUGGGUUAUAGAUACAUGGACGGGCCAUUUUCAAAGUCCGACGUUCCUUCCUCUCAAAUUAUCAUAAUUAAAAGUCACCUACCUCCCAAAAUUAAAAGUCACGUUCAUUAUCGUCAACACCGAUCCCCUGGGCUUAAAACUAACUUUUAUACCUGGGUUUUGAAAUUGUUUGGUAGUCGACCCCUCCUCCUGGACCAGUUGUGUACUUACCCAGGAUGAUAAGCUCUGAUUCUAUUGUUUUGAAUUUUUUCGUUUCUGCUUACUCCAAGCUUUUAGUUCGUUGUAACUUUGUUUGUCCGCUUCAUUUCAUAUCCUUUACUAUCUUUUGAGUUUGGUUUAACAGCUUUCUUCUAAGCACUACUUUUGUUUCUUAGAUUCUCCGUCUUAAUUGAAAAUCGGUCUAGGCAGUUGAAUGCUUCCAGUUAUUCUCGAGUCGGCGAUGGCGUUUGACGGAAUGAGAGGCGCUGGCGCGCCUCCGCCGUCCUCCUUGGAGACGUCAGUCCAAGUGAGGACGCGCUUCCCGGAGACGUGGCUAUGGGCGGUCGCGGUCGCUUCUGAGUAA